CUGCGGCGACUUACGUUUGGUAACCCUUUCAUGUCCCAUGAUAUUUUUGUGAUGGAACAUAAUUUGACCCAGAGGCUCGGAGGUCAAAUAUUUCAGCUGGAUAAUGGAGGAGUGAAUCGUGGGAGAAAUAUCAUGAAGUGGAAGUGUGCCUGGUGCGUCAGUGAAUGAAUUUUGAGAGAGAACCUAACCAUCCGACGAGGAGGAAUCAUCCGUGCAAUCAGUUUUGGUGAGCCCCCAGGAUUAAACGGUGUGAAUAAUUGACGCGGAGUAUUCUGCCCUGGCGGAUUUGGGAGAUGAUUCUGCAAGUAUGAACUAAGCACAAGUAUCUGCAAGUCUCAAGUUGAAACAUGAGCAACUGGGAUGAUACACUAAUUUCAAGAAUGUCACACUAUAUUAUUAGUGAGGUGGACCAGGAGACCAUUCGCGAAAAAAUCCGCGAAGAGUGUACAAAAAAUACGAGCUCUCUUGCGGGUUAUUGUCAGCAACACUGGGAUGACAUUGCAUGUUGGCCUUUUACCGCGGCCGGGCAAGUUGCUGUCCAGCCGUGUCCCUCGUAUUUCUUAGGAUUUAAUCAAUCGAGAUUUGCCUCAAAGAAGUGCGAAGCUGAUGGACAGUGGUACAAGAGUGAAACGACAAAGUUGCCUUGGGCAAACUAUUCUAUGUGCUCCACUGAGCCCUUCACUAGAGUUUACGUUAAGCUCCCACCACCAAAGGUGCCGGACGUGAUUUGGGAAUAUGUUCCCGCAGUGCAAAAAGUUUCUCAGGUCGGAUACGGAAUUUCUCUGAUCACGCUUUUUGUUGCAUUCUGCAUACUGGCGUCUUUUAAAAAGUUGAGAUGCCCCCGAAAUUUACUCCAUCUUCAUCUUUUCACCUCCUUUAUGAUGAGAUCAUUCUUUUCACUCCUCAAAGCUGCACUUUUUUUCUACAACGCUGCUCUGCCAAACUACCGGAGUGAACAAGGUGACACGUACCUCGCCAAUGAUCUCCAGAAAACUUGGACUUGUAGAAUAGUUUUGACGUGCUGGCAGUAUUUUCAAGUCGCAAAUUACGCUUGGCUCUUCAUGGAAGGGCUCUACCUUCAUAAUCUAAUAUUUCUAGCCUUAUUUUCGGACACUAGUUCCAUUUAUAUCUACACAUUCUUCGGAUGGGGUCUGCCUUUUUUAUUCGUUGCCGCGUGGGUAGUUUUACGGACCCUCUACGACAAUGAAUUGUGCUGGACGACGAACAACAAUUUAUUUAUUUACAGCGUUAUUCGAGUCCCAAUAAUCAUCUCAAUUUUGCUUAACUUUUGCAUGUUUAUAAACAUCGUCCGAGUGCUGAUGCUCAAAUUGCGCGCCUCCAUGAGCGAGGAAACUCAAAGGCUCAGGCGAUGGGCAAAAUCUACACUUGUGCUCGUUCCUCUGUUGGGCGUUCAGUAUGUUCUCUCUCUGGCGAUAUCUGCCAUUCAAGAUGACACAAUUCAGAUUUUGUGGCUUUUCUUCGAUCAACUUCUUGGGUCCUUUCAGGGGUCUAUGGUGGCGAUCUUAUACUGCUUCAUGAACAGUGAGGUCAGAGCAGAGUUGGUGCAACUAAGGACCAAAACGAAUUGCUGUCGAAAAAGAAGAAGAAGGGAUCGUCGUGCAAUGACUGACUCAAGAGACUUUCAAGAGAUGAAUUUUUUCUCUCUUGGUUCCUCUAACGCGACGAGUAAAUCGUACCUGCCCAAUUCCUUGGAGGGCAAAUACUCCGUUCGUUUCAUAGAGAACGAUGAUCCACUUUCGAAUUCUAGGAGGGACUCAGGUAACGACGAUGCUCCUGCUAAAGUUGGACUUUUGUCCGAGAAAGAUACUCACAAUAACCACCGCACAGGAAACUAAUCUCAUGAGUGUACCACCGCAAGGAGACUGUAACUAACGGAAGGCUGAAGAUUCACUCCUACAAGCUCCCAGUAUUGUUGUCAUUCAAAAUGAUGACACCUUUUCCAAUGCGUUUCACCCUCAUCCCUUGCUCUACCAAUGCUCAUCCUGUGGCCGAAAAUAUCAAACCAAAACAGGCGUUGUACAACAUCAAAAGUUUGAGUGUGGAAAGGAUCCUGCUUUUACCUGUAAAUUCUGCAACAAAAAAUUCCGCUACAAAA